AUGAGUGAUCGUUUAGAUGAGGUUCCUGAAAUGGAGAAUAUGGACGAUACUAUUUCACCAAAAAGAAUAAAUGUACCAGGAAAAGACUUAACAAUGAAAAACCCAGAUAUGCAGUACAAUGUAAUGAUGGCUGAAAUUUCGAAAACAUUGGGCAUUGGCUUGAAUUCAGUGCGUAAAAUCAUUUCUGAAUAUAAGACUACCGGAAGUGUCAAAUCUCCUAAUAAGAAACGCAGUAAGAAGUGCCUGUUCGAAAAGAUUGACGAUUUAGAUAGAAAUGCGUUACGUCAAAAGGAAGAGAUGCAGCGUUUUAACAGAGAGGGAAGACUUGCUUGUUUGGCGUCAAAAAACUACAUCUACGACAUUCGUAAAUACCGAGAAGAAGGUCGCACGGUAUACUACCUUGACGAAACCUGGGUAAAUGCAGGUGAUUGUGUUGAGAAAUUAUGGGUCGACAAAACCAUUCAGUCAAAACAUGAUGCGUUCAACAGAGGUCUGACAACUGAUGCGACGAACCCGACUGGUACGGGUAAACGAUUGAUUGUGUUGCACAUUGGGUCGCAUAAAGGCUUUUUAGAAGGUCGCCUUUUAUGUUUUCUGUCGAAGAAAAAUAGUGGCGAUUACCAUGAUGAAAUGAAUGGUGACCAUUUUCAUGAAUGGUUUCAGUCAAUAAUUCCUCGUCUCGAACAAAACUCGGUCAUUGUGAUGGACAACGCCCCAUACCAUUCAGUAAAGACUGAAAAAAUACCGACAUCUUCAUCAAAAAAGGACGACAUUUUAUUGUGA